AGCACAGGUGUGGCCUGCUGUCCUCCCGGAGCCCUUCUCCUCUCUACUGUUUGCGUGACGACAUUUCAUAGCCUCGUGUAGAAAAACAUUGAUAAAAAGCAACAUAUUGUUAGGUUUAACACGCUACCGUUGAAAUGAAAGUGCCAGAGGAGGAAUUAAUGAGCAAUAUUUUGAAGCGGUUAACGGGCGAGUCUGCACUCCCUGUUUACAGCAACAUAGAGAAGUUUAAACGAGGAAAGGACGGCUUGUACUUCGUCGCCGAAGACUUUCAUGCAACUGUGAAAAAAAGAGAACUGGUCAACGCCAAGGAAAGGCUGAGAAUCAGGAACUUGAACAGCAUGUUCUCCCGCUUGAAGCGCAUGGUGCCACUAAUGCGACCAGACCGUAAGCCCAGCAAAGUGGACACACUUAAAGCUGCGACAGAAUACAUCCGAUUGCUUGUUGCAGUUUUGCAGGACACUGACAGUGAUGAUGGCAGUGGGACUGAUUUCCUAAAGAAUGCAAUCACUUAUGGUCAGACUGAAGGUUUGGGCAAUGACCUGUGGAGAAUGGAUGAUCUGCUGAACAUGUCAGAGGAGCGCAUGGAUGAUGGAUUCACUUUGCCCCAAGAACAAGUAACAGAGGAUGGAGAUAUGACCAGACUGGUGUUGCAGCAUUGUGUUAUGCCUGCAUACCAGUUCAUCAUUCAAGUAGCACCUGACCAGACUUCGAUGCCUCAACCCUUCUGAGUGGCGUUUAGCUUGGACCAAUAUUGGAAACCUAUCAGGGGCCUGUUGCUUUGAAGAGAGAAGUUUUCUUGAAGAAUGUCAUUUGUCUUAUUUAAUUUUUUGAAAUUUAAAUUUUGUUAUUUUCAAUAAAUAAUAAGUAAUGUUAA